AGCGGUUGACUAAGGUCUGCCUGAGAGAUUAGGCCGCGGGCAUAACCGUCGUCGCACAGCGAAACGGAAGGAAACAAACUGUACCGAGAAGAAACCGAUCAGUGUUUCCUACACGUGUGUCUGCUGCUGCGGUAACGUGGAGCCCGAUGCUUCGUAAAUAAAAGAAAGGUCAUCUGGAUGCCGGUUUCUCUGUAGCCGUUAGUCUUCGCAUGCCACUAUGAAGUACAUCCUUGUUACGGGCGGCGUCAUAUCUGGUAUUGGUAAGGGCAUCAUUGCCAGCAGCGUGGGAACAAUCCUCAAGUCCUGCGGCCUUCACGUCACAGCCAUCAAAAUCGACCCCUAUAUCAAUAUUGAUGCUGGCACCUUUUCACCAUAUGAACAUGGUGAAGUAUUUGUUCUCGAUGAUGGUGGGGAGGUGGAUCUGGACUUGGGUAACUAUGAGCGUUUCCUGGACAUCCGUCUUACCAAGGACAACAACCUCACCACUGGAAAGAUCUACCAGUCGGUAAUCAACAAAGAGAGGAGGGGAGACUACCUAGGCAAGACUGUACAAGUGGUACCCCACAUCACAGAUGCCAUCCAGGAGUGGGUAAUGAAGCAAGCCAAGAUUACAGUGGACAGUGAUGGUGGGACGCCUCAAGUUUGUAUUAUAGAGCUGGGAGGCACAGUUGGGGACAUCGAGAGCAUGCCCUUCAUCGAGGCCUUCAGACAGUUCCAGUUCAAGGUGAAGAAGGAAAACUUCUGCAACAUCCAUGUCAGCUUGAUACCGCAGCCCAGUACUACAGGAGAGCAUAAAACCAAACCAACCCAAAACAGUGUCCGAGAGCUCAGAGGGCUGGGCUUGUCUCCAGAUUUGAUUAUGUGCCGCUGUAAAACGUCCUUAGAAACGGCUGUCAAGGAGAAGAUCUCCAUGUUUUGUCAUGUGGAGCCCACACAGGUGAUAUGUGUCCAUGAUGUCUCCUCGAUCUACAGAGUGCCUUUGCUGCUGGAGGACCAGGGUGUUGUGAGCUACUUCUAUCAGCGGCUGAACCUGCCUGGCGAGAUUAGGCCCAUAAAGAUGCUCACAAAGUGGAAGGAGAUGGCUGAGAGAUCUGACCAUCUCCUGGAGUGUGUUUCCAUAGCCUUGGUGGGGAAGUACACAAAGUUAACUGACUGCUACGCCUCAGUUAUUAAGGCCCUUGAACACUCAGCCCUCGCCAUUAAUCACAAACUAGAGGUCAAGUACAUAGACUCUGCAGACCUGGAGACUGCCACUCUGCAAGAUGAGCCAGUAAAAUAUCAUGAGGCCUGGCAGAAACUCUGCAGUUCUCAUGGUGUGCUGGUACCAGGGGGUUUUGGUGUGAGGGGAACCGAAGGCAAGAUGCUGGCUAUUAACUGGGCCAGGAAACAGAAUAAGCCAUUCCUGGGGGUAUGUUUGGGCAUGCAGCUGGCAGUGUGCGAGUUUGCUCGCAAUGUUCUUGGAUGGGAAGAUGCAAACUCCACUGAAUUUAAUCCUGAAUCAAAACACCCUGUGGUGAUUGACAUGCCAGAGCACAACCCAGGGCAAAUGGGUGGGACAAUGAGGCUGGGGAAGAGGCGGACGAUUUUCACAUCCAACACCAGCGUACUGAGAAAAUUGUACGGAGAUUUGGAAUAUGUUGAGGAGAGGCACAGACACAGAUUUGAGGUGAAUCCUGAGCUGAAGCACUACUUUGAAACAAAGGGUCUUCACUUUGUGGGUCAGGAUAUCGAAGGAGAGAGAAUGGAGGUCAUUGAAUUAGAGGGUCAUUGUUACUUUGUUGGAGUGCAGUACCAUCCAGAGUUCACCUCAAGACCCAUCAAGCCUUCUCCUCCAUACUUUGGUCUCCUGCUGGCUGCUGUAGGAAAACUCCAGAGCUACCUGGCCAAGGGCUGUCGCCUGUCUCCACGGGACACUUACAGCGACCGCAGCGGCAGCAGCUCUCCUGAAGCUGAGAUCUCGGAGCUGAGGUUCCCCUCUUUGUAGUUGUAUAGUUGUGUGUGUCACUUAUGCACAUAAAUGCAAAAGCCCAGACAAAAUCUGGUCUUGCCAUAAUUGACGUUACAAAACCAAAAUAUGUUAAUGAUUUUUAUACUGACUUGUAAAACAUCAUGUUAAUAAUUUUUUUCUCUAAAUAUACUUUGCCUUCAAAGAUUGCGUAAAGGGAUGUCUUGCCGGCAUCCCUGUUUUGUGUUAGAGUUGCUGCAAUAAGCAAAAACUGGAAUAAAAUGUUUGCAGGGGAAUUGUAAGCAAUGAUGUGGACAUUGUGGAAAACCUGUAGAGAAUAUGGGGGAAAAAGUGAGAAAUUAGUGGGAAAAAAACAGACUUAUCAAUGUGUUUGUGCAAAAAUAUUAGGAAAUGGACAAUGUAUUUUCCAGUUAAGUAUAGAAAACAUAGCAACAUUGACAAAGGGCUUAGGUGGGAGACAGGGUCCGUGCAAUCAGGUUUUUGUUGGGGCACCCAUCCUGCAAAUCAAUCCAAUCCAAUGUAUGAAAUACUGAUAAGAAACAUUGACCUUGUACAUUUGUAUGUGACCUUUAUUGUCAAAAGUUUGCCUGUCUAUCGUGACAAGUUGACAUAUAAUUGAUACAAUAACCUCUUAGAAACUUUUUUUAUUGUCUGUCGUACAAUUUUAUUUUAUGUAUUAAUGUAUUUUUACUUUCUAACUUAUAUAUCAUAACACACUCAGGGUUACUACAGAAAAGGGUGUAAACUACAUGUUAUACUGGUUUCAAAUAAUCUUGCACUGUAUUACAUCAAAUCAGUUUGAUUAUGGGAGUAAAUUGGACCACAGAGUUGUUUAUGUGGCUAUAGGGUAUAUACAGUAUGGAUUUUUCUGUUGUAAUGAGGUGAACGGUUUUAGGUAUUAGUCAAUAUCACAAGGACACUGGGUUUUAAUUUCCACAUGAAAGUUGUUACAGGCAAAUUUAUGUUGUUGUAAGGUUUUAUUCCUUAAGCCCAAACCAGCUCAGGUUGCAUGACUUUUAUUGUUCAAGACCUUUUAGCUCGUGACAUCAACAAACAAGAGUUUUGGACUCCGUUGCCUUUGACUCUCAUAUCUGAUCCACAGUUUCCUUAUAUGAAAUAUAGUGAUGCAGUCGUCCGAUAAUCUGGCCAAUUUUGAGUGACCCUGAGUCAAGAGUAUUAACUGGAAAUGAAGCUUGACAUAUUAAAACCAAUGUCAUGAAACUGAAAACUAAGCUUUAAAUUUGAUCUCAAAGCAUCAGUAGCAGCCAACUAUAAAUGGUAAGCAUCAUGCUUCAACAAUGCAACAACAAUCUUGCUUGGAGUCUUGUAAAAUUGACCUGGAUAGUUAAAAUGAUGCAUUUGCAGGAAUAAUUUAUCUGUUGGUGACCAAAAUGUGUGAGAAGUUUAACAUAUUUUUAUAUUUAUGAAGUUCAGAUGCAUGGGUCAUGCAGUAUGUACAUUUCUUCUGAAUAAAUACAUAAAUCUUUCA